UUGUAACAAGUUGCCAUUGAUUACUAUUUCUAAACUCUUUUUAUUUUUGGACACCCUACAAUAAAAUCAUCCUGUUAAUGUAGAAGGAUGUCGAAGGGCAUGGGGCUUUUGUCAAAGCUGUACAAUGCCAUAGUCACUUCAGUUGAUAAGUUUGUACCAAAUAGAUUGAAACCAUUUUGGGAGUCACCAGCAGGCCCAAAGACUGUCUUUUUUUGGGGGCCAACUUUUAAAUGGCUAUUGGUUGCAGCGGGAGUGGGCGAUGUAAUAAAUCGCCCGCCGCAAUUAAUCUCUUUAAACCAAUGUACAGUUUUGGCCGUAACUGGUUUGAUUUAUUCAAGGUUCUCUAUGGUGAUCAUACCCAAAAACUAUAAUCUAUUGGCGGUCAACUUGACAGUGGCUGGAAUUCAGUCAUAUUUGAUUUUCAAACAUCUCAAGUGGCGCAGCGAAAAUAAAGGAAAUGUCGACUUUGAAUAUCCCAACCAUUAUCGCAAUCCGGAUGAAUUCUGGUGACCUCAAGACCUCUGAAAUUUUUACUUAGUUACCGACUUUAGAAUUAGCUUUAUCUAUCUAUAUUUAAAGACCCAUCUAAAUUUUUCAAAUUCUUACGUGUAAGUUAAUAAAUAAAUAUGAGCAUAAUACCUCA